CCCUGCACCACCACCCUGCGAGCAAUGAACCAAUGCAUUGGCCGCUAUCGUCGCCGGAAGUGCCAGCUCAGUCGACUGCACGGCAUCACUCCCCAAUGGCGCCUCAGGUUGCGUUGCGCGCCGCGAGGGAAGGCGAUAUCCCCCAGAUCAACGCAAUUCACGCCUUCUACGUCCUCAACACCGUGACUACCUUCACCAUCACGCCCGCAACCGACGACGACGCUCUGUCGAAGUUUAGGGCGGCUGUCUCGCAAGGCUUGCCAUAUCUCGUGGCCGUCGACAAUGCGACGGCUGACGUUGUCGGGUUUGCAUACGCUUCUGGCUUCCGUAGUGGGCUGAGUGGAUACAGACACACCGUCGAAAUAUCUCUGUUCUGCCACCCGGACCAUAGAUCGAAAGGGGCGGGCACUCUUUUGCUAAGAAAGCUGAUCGACGUACUCAAACACCCCGAAGACCACGCGGAAUUCGUCACUGUCGCGAGGAACGAGGACGCCAGAGUUAGGAACCUAAUCGCCUGUAUGGCUGUAGAUGAACAAGGUUGGAAGAACGGUCUUGGUCUCAAAGAGUAUUACGAGAAGUUUGGGUUCGAGCAAAUGGGCCAUCUGAAAAGGGUUGGCCAUAAGUUCGAUCGAUGGAUUGAUACAAUUUACUUGCAACUCUGUUUGUGGUGACAUCUGAUGCUGGUAUAGCGCCCCAGAACCCUCAAGAGCUAGAAGAAAACCUAGCAUCUCCCGAUGUAGCAAUGCUUUGCAAGGUAGAACACGCUGAGUACGCCUCUACGUGGAUUCGGGAACGGAAAUCUUUUACAGUACCAUUCUUCAACGGAGGUUUGCAAUAUCGGCUACAAAUUCAACACCAAGGCCAAAAACUGGAAAUUAUGCUCUUGAAUUCAAUCUUGGCUCUGCUACCGCAUCAUCCAGAGGUCUUUUUGAGACGUCAACCAGCUUCAAAACAGUGCCGAUUUCUCGAUCUAUUAGCAAUUCGAUGCCACUUUCCAGCCUAUUCCAUACAUUUUUCGACAAUAGUUUGUCAUAUAUGAAUCAUGUGAUAGCGCAUUCGGCAAUCUAUUCGAUUCCCAUGAACCACC